CUGAACACGGAGUGCUCGGAUGUGCCGUGGGCAACAGACAGACAGAACACAAGGAAAAGGAGACAGAAAUGGUUUUUGCUCUGGGAUAAGACUGUGUCUUAAACUGAGAGAGAGAAAGAGGUUAAGCAGGGUUAAAGCACACAGAUUUUGAGGCGUGUUGGUUGAGUUGUCGGGGUCAGGAUGGACACCAUGAUGCUACAGGAGAAACUGGUGGAGAAACUUCUGUGCCCUCGAACCCGAACCACCCGACAGAAGGAUAAGCAGUAUGUUGGCUUUGCUACACUUCCUAAUCAGGUGCACAGGAAGUCUGUGAAGAAGGGCUUUGAUUUCACUCUAAUGGUGGCAGGUGAAUCUGGUUUGGGCAAGUCUACUCUAGUUAACAGCCUCUUCCUCACAGAUCUCUAUAAAGACAGGAAAUUGCUAAAUGCAGAAGAACGCAUUAAUCAGACUGUUCAAAUCACCAAACACACAGUGGAUAUUGAAGAAAAAGGAGUCAAACUCAAACUCACCAUCGUGGACACGCCAGGGUUUGGAGACGCGGUUAAUAAUAAUGAAUGUUGGAAGCCCAUCACAGAUUACAUUGAUCAACAGUUUGAGCAGUACUUCAGGGACGAGAGUGGACUGAACAGAAAGAACAUACUUGACAACAGAGUACACUGCUGUCUGUACUUCAUACCACCGUUUGGACACGGGUUGCGGCCGGUGGAUGUGGAGUUCAUGAAAGCGCUACAUGAGAAAGUGAAUAUUGUUCCUCUGAUCUCUAAAGCCGACUGUCUCACUCCUAAUGAAGUCAAAAAACUCAAGGACAGGGUGCGAGAUGAGAUUGAGCGGUUUGGGAUUAAAGUGUAUCAGUUUCCUGAAUGUGACUCCGAUGAAGAGGAGGAGUUUAAACAGAUGGACAAAGAACUGAAGGAGUGUACUCCAUUUGCUGUCAUUGGCAGUAAUACAGUGGUGGAGGCCAGAGGUCAGCGGGUCAGAGGGCGUCUUUACCCGUGGGGUAUUGUAGAAGUGGAGAAUCAGUCUCACUGUGACUUUGUGAAGUUGAGGAACAUCUUGAUUCGCUCUCACAUGCACGACCUGAAAGAUGUGACCUGUGACGUGCACUACGAAAACUACAGAGCACAUUGCAUACAGGAGAUGACCAGUAAACUUGCACAGGAUAACUGUACGGACAGCCCGCUGCCCAUCCUGCCUCUGCCCACACCAGACGUGGAGACAGAGAGACUCAUCAAGAUGAAAGAUGAAGAGCUGAAGAGAAUGCAAGAGAUGCUGGAGAAGAUGCAACAACGGAUGCAUGAGAAAGAUCAGUGACACACACACACACACACACACUACAACCUCACUGCAACUCUCAGAUGUGAAUGCAUUUCAAAUAUACUGUACGAAUAUCAUAUCUACCGGUUUGUCCAUCAGAUUCAGUCUUACAAUUGCUGUAAGUUUAUUUGCUCUGUGCUUUUGUCUGCCUGGAUGAAAUAUGGUGAUUUGACAAAUGCUCGUGUCUAUGAGGAGCAUAAAUAAACCAGUGUAUUAUUAACUUAAAUGAACUUUUAAAGGUAUCUAAUUUAUAUUGACUUUUUGUUAUUUGCUUAGCAAGAUGAAUGUGUGAGUUUUUAGAAAAUAUUUUUUUCUGAAAUAGUGAUGGUCGUUUAUUGAUAUUGAUGUACGUGUGUGCAUUUGUAAACCGAGAGAGAGAUAUUAUGUAUUUUGCUAUUCAUUUGUUGGACUCAAAGGCAGUUUUUUUUUUUUUUUUUUA